GGGGAAAAGAUCUGGAUUUCAUAAUAACGCGUGUCAGUCCUGUCAGAGGACUGACAUGUUCAAAGUUUACUACCAGUCACAUCACAGCCACACGCUGGUCUGCAGGUCUGAUGGUGUGACCUCUCGGUAAAAGGACGAUCCGUGCGCCAAAAUGCGGCUUUUUCUCUCUUUUCUGUGCGCUCUGUGCGCCACGCCGCUCCGUGGUAUUUUUGAGGGAACCUGUCCCAAAAAAGACCCCGGUCCUGGUGUGCUGGUUCUACAUCCUGGCAGUAAGUUGGUUCUGACCUGCAGAGGUCAAGUGAAGGUGGAUGGAGUUGUGGUCAGCAUCAUCACAGAUAACUCAAACGCUGGUAGAAGAGAGAGUUCUUCAGAUGCAAACCAGUCACAUGUAAACACUGUCAACAACAAUGGAUUUUUGGCAAACAAGCGGAGCGUAGAGGAGGCUGUAAGUGAGAGAUACCACACUGUGAUGGGAGAAAAAUCUGCAACCAGGAGUCAGGAUCAGGUAGUAGGACAGAGCGGUCAACAUGACGCUGGAUUGAAAGUAUCUCCCACUGCUCAAGCUUUUCAGCCAACAAGCAGAGGCUCGGCGCUGAAAGGUGACUCGGUCUGGGAGGCUGGAGAGAUGGCUGAUGAUGGCGAUAACGAGGAAGAGGAAGACGAGGAAGAAGGAUACAACAGGGUAACUAGGGGUGUGAGAAUGAGGCCUCAGUGGAUGUGGAACGGAACGGUGGUGAAGAAAGGAGACAGGAGAGGACUCCUGUUAGAGGAGAGUGGGUUUACACUCUCUCUGCCCUCAGUCACAGUGGAACACGUGGGGAGGUACACAUGUCACCACAGAGGCAAAACCUUCUCCUUAAAGCUCGUUGUUGCAGAGCCUACUGAGAAUCCCACACUGUUCUGCUACAAAAGGUCACCUAGCAGUAAGAUUCGUUGUGAGUGGAUACCUAAAAAUCCAACCACUGUGCGUACUCAGUGCUACCUCUUCCACACAAAAAGUCCAUCACAGACAUUCUUUCAUUCACCGUGCUCAUAUUCAGCUCAAAGGUCCCGCUGUUGGUGCGUUCUGGAACACCAUGAGGAUGAUAGGAGAAAGCAUCACAUGGCCUAUCUGUGUGCUACAAGCAUUGCAGGGAACAGAACCAGCAACUUACUGCACUUCACUCCCUUGGACAUUUUAAAGCCAGAUCCUCCAUCAAAUGUGGCUGUCCAACAGGUGGAGGGACAGGACAAAUGGAUAAGGGUCAGCUGGAAUUUCCCUGUCUCCUGGAAUUACCAAGACAACUAUUACGUACUUAUCUAUGAAAUCAGCUACAAACCCAACAUAACUUCACUCCCUGAACAGAAUGACACAAUCAAACAGAUUCGCUCCUACACCAUCAGAGAUGCUUUGCCUGGGGUUGACUAUGUGAUAAAGCUCAGAACUAAGGAUGAACAUGAUGGUGUGUGGAGUAACUGGAGCCUCCCUCUCUACGCCAGAAGUUGGACUGAUAAAAGGUCAGUUGUAGUGCUGAGUGACGAUGUCACAACCACCAUGUAUCCACUGGAUGGGGAUGACUUUGGCAGUGGCAUGGAUGAAUAUGUGUUUCAAGCCACCGAAUCCCCAAAUAAUGCAGCUGUGGUGUCGUAUCACCACAUGUGGAUCCUUGCUUCUCUCAUUCUCCUGAUGGUCAUUUUCUUGGCCUGUGCGUUCAGGCACAGGGAGGGGGUUAUGUCUAAACUCCACAAGCUCACUGUCAUCAUGCAGUGCGGUAAUUCAUCCCAGACUCCCGUCAGUGUCCCUGCAGCUCCAGAAGGACAAACCCUAAUGAUACUUGACCCUCCGUGUUACAAAGAGCACCCACCAAAUGAUGCAGAAGAAGGGGAAGAGGAAAAUGAGGAAGAUGAAAGGGCGGAGUACACAGGGGAGGCCAUGCACUUCGACAACACAAGUUAUUAUUUGGUACAGAGGGUGUGACAACAUAAGAAGAAUCUGAGAA